AUGGAAAUAUUCGUCACCACCGCGAUGUUCGUGCAGAAGAUUCCGACCAGAUGGGGAACGUCGCGUCGCAGCCGUCGCAGUGACGAUAUAUUCCCGGUGCGACUUUCUACACCGGCCGGCAUCGACGGCCGUUGUGACGCUCCGCGACGCGUGUGUGCGUUCGUUCGUUCGCGUAGAGGUAGAGAAGUUAAAAAGGAGUACAAAGAGGAGAAAGAUCCGCCUGCGACGAGAACGAGAGGAAGCCGUGUCGUGCGACAGAAAGUCAACGAGGCUCGCGUGAUCGGUUGUCGCAGCAUCGAUUCAUAGCGUUGUGACGAGUGUCUCGAACCAGUGCAUCUCGAAUUGCCUGGUGCCAGUAGUCGCGAGUAAUUAGUGAUUCGGUAGAUAGAG